AUGCGCUUAAUAUUUGUCGCGGUUCUCGCCGUUUUGCUGUCCCUCGCGGCGACUCAAUCCCCACCAAUCGCCACCGCUACCGCAGUGGGUGCACCGGCAGCAAAGGCUCAGCCAUGUUGUGAAAGUGUUCGACAAACUCUCAUUGAAAUACGAAAGGAUAUCCGACUGUGGCUGCUCGAUCGACUUUUCGGCAAGUUGAUUCUCCUUCACGACGGAGAACUUUUGGGCAACCCAAACUAUGUGAAUUGUGCAAACGGAAAAAACCAAAUCACCAACCAAGACCAAAGCUCCCAAAUUAUCCAACAAUUGGGAACAAGCUCAAGUCAAACAAGUGAAACAUUCAACGAUGAAGGAGAUCUGUUGGGAUCACUGAAGGAUCUCUACAGCGGGGUGUCCGGAAACUCCGGUCACUCCUCUUCCUCUUCAACAACAACAACAACCACCACAACUUCCAACGAUGGAACCGUACUAUCUGAGCCUGCUGUCGAAGCCGCUGAGUCCAGCAGCACCGUUGAGGGUGGAAACUCGAAUCAGUCCUCUUCCUCUUCCACAACGACAACAACCACCACAUCUUCCGAUGAUGGAUCAGUAGUGUCCGUGCCUGCUGUCGAAGCCAGCGAGUCCAGCAGCACCGUUGAGGGUGGAGACUCGAAUCAGUCCUCUUCCUCUUCAACAACGACAACAACCACCACAACUUCCGAUGAUGGAUCAGUAGUGUCCGUGCCUGCAGUCGAAACCGCUGAGUCCAGCGGCACCGUUGAUGGUGGAGACUCGAAUCAGUCCUCUUCCUCUUCAACAACGACAACAACCACCACAACUUCCGAUGAUGGAACCGUAGCUUCCGAUCCCAUUGUCGAGGCCAGCGAGUCCAGCAGCAACGUUCAGGGAGAAGACUCGAAUCAGUCCUCUUCCUCUUCAACAACGACAACAACCACCACAACUUCCGAUGAUGGAACCGUAGCUUCCGAUCCCAUUGUCGAGGCCAGCGAGUCCAGCAGCACCGUUAUGGGUGGAGACUCGAAUCAGUCCUCUUCAACAACAACAACAACUUCCACAACAUCCAACGAUGGAACCGUAGUGUCUGAGCCUGCUGUCGAAGCCAGCAAGUCCAGCAGCACCGUUGAGGGUGGAGACUCGAAUCAGUCCUCUUCCUCUUCAACAACGACAACAACCACCACAACUUCCGAUGAUGGAACCGUAGCUUCCGAUCCCAUUGUCGAGGCCAGCGAGUCCAGCAGCACCGUUCAGGGAGGAGACUCGAAUCAGUCCUCUUCCUCUUCAACAACGACAACAACCACCACAACUUCCGAUGAAGGAACCGUAGUUUCCGAUCCCAUUGUCGAGGCCAGCGAGUCCAGCAGCACCGUUGAGGGUGGAGACUCGAAUCAGUCCUCUUCUUCAACAACGACAACAACCACCACAACUUCCGAUGAUGGAACCGUAGCUUCCGAUCCCAUUGUCGAGGCCAGCGAGUCCAGCAGCACCGUUGAGGGUCGAAAGACCGAUCAGUACGGAUCGACUGCAGAUAUCACAAGACCCACGACCACUACAGAAAAAGAAACCUCCUCUUCCUCUUCAACAACGACAACAACCACCACAUCUUCCGAUGAUGGAUCAGUAGUGUCCGUGCCUGCUGUCGAAGCCAGCGAGUCCAGCAGCACCGUUGAGGGUGGAGACUCGAAUCAGUCCUCUUCCUCUUCAACAACGACAACAACCACCACAUCUUCCGAUGAUGGAUCAGUAGUGUCCGUGCCUGCUGUCGAAGCCAGCGAGUCCAGCAGCACCGUUGAGGGUGGAGACUCGAAUCAGUCCUCUUCCUCUUCAACAACGACAACAACCACCACAUCUUCCGAUGAUGGAUCAGUAGUGUCCGUGCCUGCUGUCGAAGCCAGCGAGUCCAGCAGCACCGUUGAGGGUGGAGACUCGAAUCAGUCCUCUUCCUCUUCAACAACGACAACAACCACCACAUCUUCCGAUGAUGGAUCAGUAGUGUCCGUGCCUGCUGUCGAAGCCAGCGAGUCCAGCAGCACCGUUGAGGGUGGAGACUCGAAUCAGUCCUCUUCCUCAACGACAACAACCACCACAUCUUCCGAUGAUGGAUCAGUAGUGUCCGUGCCUGCUGUCGAAGCCAGCGAGUCCAGCAGCACCGUUGAGGGUGGAGACUCGAAUCAGUCCUCUUCCUCUUCAACAACGACAACAACCACCACAUCUUCCGAUGAUGGAUCAGUAGUGUCCGUGCCUGCUGUCGAAGCCAGCGAGUCCAGCAGCACCGUUGAGGGUGGAGACUCGAAUCAGUCCUCUUCCUCUUCAACAACGACAACAACCACCACAACUUCCGAUGAUGGAUCAGUAGUGUCCGUGCCUGCAGUCGAAGCCAGCGAGUCCAGCAGCACCGUUGAGGGUGGAGACUCGAAUCAGUCCUCUUCAACAACAACAACAACUUCCACAACAUCCAACGAUGGAACCGUAGUGUCUGAGCCUGCUGUCGAAGCCAGCGAGUCCAGCAGCACCGUUGAGGGUGGAGACUCGAAUCAGUCCUCUUCCUCUUCAACAACGACAACAACCACCACAACUUCCGAUGAUGGAACCGUAGCUUCCGAUCCCAUUGUCGAUGCCAGCGAGUCCAGCAGCACCGUUGAGGGUGGAGACUCGAAUCAGUCCUCUUCCUCUUCAACAACGACAACAACCACCACAACUUCCGAUGAUGGAACCGUAGCUUCCGAUCCCAUUGUCGAUGCCAGCGAGUCCAGCAGCACCGUUGAGGGUGGAGACUCGAAUCAGUCCUCUUCCUCUUCAACAACGACAACAACCACCACAACUUCCGAUGAUGGAACCGUAGCUUCCGAUCCCAUUGUCGAUGCCAGCGAGUCCAGCAGCACCGUUGAGGGUGGAGACUGGAAUCGACCCGCUNCAGUAGUGUCUGAGCCUGCUGUCGAAGCCAGCGAGUCCAGCAGCACCGUUGAGGGUGGAGACUCGAAUCAGUCCUCUUCCUCUUCAACAACGACAACAACCACCACAUCUUCCGAUGAUGGAUCAGUAGUGUCCGUGCCUGCUGUCGAAGCCAGCGAGUCCAGCAGCACCGUUGAGGGUGGAGACUCGAAUCAGUCCUCUUCAACAACAACAACAACUUCCACAACAUCCAACGAUGGAACCGUAGUGUCUGAGCCUGCUGUCGAAACCGCUGAGUCCAGCGGCAACGUUGAGGGUGGAGACUCGAAUCAGUCCUCUUCCUCUUCAACAACGACAACAACCACCACAACUUCCGAUGAUGGAUCAGUAGUGUUCGUGCCUGCUGUCGAAGCCAGCGAGUCCAGCACCACCGUUGAGGGUGGAGACUCGAAUCAGUCCUCUUCCUCUUCAACAACGACAACAACCACCACUUCGAACGACGGACAGGAUAAGUCAAACUCCUCGUCUGACCCUGUUGUCAAUGGUAACACAAGCAACAGCGGUGGUAGCUCAAGUAGCUCUUCCACCACAACAACAGUCACGACAUCUUCCGAUAGAAAUACUCAGACAAGCUCCUCGUCGAAGCCUGUUGUCAAAGUCAUCAAAUCAAGCACCACUAAGGGUAGCGGAGGCUCGAAAAAAUCUUCGACAACUAAAACAACCGUCACAACAACAACAAUCAAUGGUAAACCUGUUGUAGAUGCCAGUGAGGGAAGCACUGUUGUUAAUGGUGGAAAAUCCAGCUCAUCGUCUAGCAAAACAACAAAGACAUACACUUCAAAGUACUCGAAGAUCCCUAAGAAGAACCGAAAGUCAAGCUCAACCACCAGCAAAACUACAAAGACUUAUUCCUCAGGUUCCUCAAGUGUUCCCGAGAUACUCGAAGAGUCUGCGUCUAGCGGAAGUGCAGCCACAUCAUCGUCGGCUGCUCCAAAAUCGAAUAGAAAGACAAGCAGAACUACAACUACCUAUACAACGAAUUCCUUGAAGGUACCCAAGCCCCGAAGAUCCUACACCUGGUCAACUUCAGCCAACAAAAUAUUGAAUGGUGGUCAGACUUAUGAGCUUCCAAUUUCAGGAUCAAUGACCGGCAGGUCCGGUUCAGGUGCACGAAACUCUUGGUCCAAGCGCUCCACAACUCAGAUCACUCAGAACCAACCAACAAUCGUUGAUGCUUCGUCUUCAAUAGAUGGCGGAUCCAACCCAUGGUCUAAACUCGUCAAAAAGGUGACGCCAGGCUCACUGCCGGAAGAUGAAACCUACGGCAGGGGCAUUGGAUCUCGCGGCUCAAAUGCUUGGUCUCAGCGUUCACGUUUCUCUGGCGAUAGCUCUGACGUAACAGGCGCCGCCAACUACCGUUCCAGGUAUGGCCGAGGCCGCAGCGGUCUGAAUGGAGCUCAAGGCUCUCGAACAUGGACUGAAACCUCAUCAGACGCAAAUGAGAACGACACCGAAAACGCCGAUGAUGCUGUAGCAUCUGAAGAUAACUCCGAAGACGCGACGAAUGUGCAGGAGUCGGGUUCCGGCGAUGAAACCACAGACCAAGCUGGCGCACAGCAGGCCACCGGACAGUACCCCGGACAAUAUUGGUGGGGCAACAGGCGUUGGGUUGGAGCACGUCCUAACUGGAGGUACGGCUGGCGUCCUUAUGGAAGCGGUUGGGGUGGAUGGAAUAAUCGUUAUCAAAAGUCGUGGACCGCAUAA